GCAGCCUUACAUCUGGACACGUGGCUAACCCAAAUAACCCCCCCCCCCCCUCUCUCUCUCCCCUUCUUCCUCCAUUCUGUCCGGCGUCCCCAACAAAAUUCGCCACCAUUGACCUCCUCUCUCUCUCCUCUGCGCUAAACCCUAAUAUCUUCCUCCCAUAUACAUAAUAUACCGACUGUGCAUCGGAGACGGUGUUACCUCAGACAUGGGCUGCUCCGCCUCUGUUCCAAGCAAGUCUUCUGGGCUGUCGGGGGGACUUAAUUCUGAUAAUGGUGCGGCGGUCGAUGCCAAAAAUCUUCGAGUGAAGCUCGUCCUAUUAGGAGAUUCUGGUGUAGGGAAAAGCUGCAUUGUUCUUCGCUUUGUUCGUGGUCAGUUUGAUCCAACAUCGAAGGUAACGGUUGGAGCCUCGUUCUUGUCACAAACAAUUGCAUUGCAAGAUUCUACGACAGUUAAGUUUGAAAUAUGGGAUACUGCUGGCCAAGAAAGGUAUGCAGCAUUGGCACCACUUUACUACCGAGGUGCUGCAGUUGCGGUUGUUGUUUACGAUAUAACAAGCCCUGACUCUUUCAUCAAGGCACAAUAUUGGGUUAAGGAACUACAAAAGCAUGGGAGCCCGGAUAUUGUCAUGGCUUUAGUCGGUAACAAAGCUGAUCUUCAAGAGAAACGUGAAGUACCUGUUCAAGAUGGCAUUGACUAUGCUGAGAAGAAUGGGAUGUUUUUCAUUGAGACAUCUGCAAAGACCGCAGAUAACGUAAAUCAGCUGUUUGAGGAAAUUGCUAAACGACUGCCCCGUCCAUCCCCUUCAUGAUUAUAGCGCUCUGAAAAUAAAUAAAACUUGGUAAUUGCGCAUAGCCACAUUGGAAUUGUAUCAAAUGUCUGUGUACUAUUGUGUGUAUAUUUUACUGUAUCUUCAUAUACUGUUCUCCCAGUUUGAGAUUUUAUCAAAGUUCUAAGACCAUGAAUUGUCCUCGGAACAUAUUCUUGUGGGAUCAGGCUAAAAACUCUCCCCUUUUGACGGGGCAUUUAAGUUGCUUAUUGAUAAGACAAGUUAAAUGAA